CGCACACUGGGCAACUAAAGCCCUUGUGAGUGACGUCUAGGACCUCCUCCUCCGAUACAGCAUCAGGAAUGGCGGACUACGACAACUACGACGACCGGGACCGGGCCUAUGGCAGCUUCGGCGGCGGCAGAGGGCCCCGUGGCGGCGGCGGCGGCGCCGGAGGCCCCCGGAAGCAGCAGAAGGAGCUGCCGUCGGAUCCCCCGUUCACGGCCUUUGUGGGUAACCUGCCCUUCAACACGGUGCAGGGAGACAUCGACAUCAUCUUCAAAGAGCUCAACAUCCGCAGCGUCCGAUUGGUCAGAGACAAAGAAACAGACAAGUUCAAAGGGUUCUGUUACGUGGAGUUUGAAGACCUGGAGUCUCUAAAAGAAGCUUUGACGUAUGAUGGAGCUCUGUUGGGCGAUCGCUCGCUGAGGGUGGACAUCGCAGAGGGGCGGAGACAAGAGCGGGGGGCUGGAGGAUUCGGCUUCAGGAAAGACGAUGCCAGAGGACGAGGAGGCUCUCGAGGAGCUCCCAGAGGAGGAGGAGGGCGGGACUCUCGAGAGGACUUCUACGACCAGCCGGGUGGAGGUUUCAGGGAUGACGACUACAUGGGUGGGCGGAGUCGAGGCGGCGGCAGCAGUCGUCCCAGCGACAGACGGGGGGGAGGCGUAGGAAUGGGACGGUUCAGAGAAGGACCCCCUCCCCGUGGGGGGACAACAGACUUUAGGGAACCCUCUGAAGAGGAGCGAGCACAGCGGCCCCGGCUGCAGCUGAAGCCUCGAACCGUCUCGGAGCCGCUCAACCAGGUCGCCAAUCCCAACUCUGCCAUCUUUGGCGGAGCCAAGCCGCGAGAAGAGCACUGACAGGCCUAAAGCGGGCGUGACGGCGGCGCGAGCACGUGGCGCUGCCGGCUCAGAAGAUUUUUGGAAGGUUUUUGGUUGUUUCAGUGUGGAUCAGACACCGACCCCCCCACCAGAACAUUACUGAGAGGCCUGCAGAGUUCUCAUUCUUCCUGUCCCAUCAAGCUGGACCUUUGGUUUGUAGCUCCACCUGUAGCCCACGCUUCUUUGAUAUGCCUGCUGGUUCUGCGGGAACCGGGCCGGUCCGGGCUCGGGUCUGAGCGGGUCACGUUGGUUCCAGAUGUUAACGGUGGAAUUGUGUCUUAAACGGAUGAAAACGAUGUUUUUACCUCUUUUUGUUUGUUCCCCACUUUACUCAUUGCAAUAAAACUGAUCAUCUUCAAACCA